GGGACAUCGCUUAAAUCUACAGUUGUACAGCCAGGUCGGGAUUAGAUCUCAUUGAUCGGAGUGGCGCUUGUAGUGGUUAGCUGUGCCCGUGUUUACAAGAUUGCAGGAACAAUAGUUCUAAUACAUGUAGCAGCGAGCACACCAUAGUAAAGGCAGGCCCAAUUGCCUUACGAUAAGCGGCUUGUGUCGAAGCGGUAGAAGUGAACACGAAAGAAUCGUCCGUCGUAUGCGCCUGCUUGGAGCAUUCAUGUUUCAAUAAUAUCCUGCCUAGUUUUAGUCAGAUCCAACGUGACAUAUUGCAAACUCAAAUAAGUACAACAUGCCACUUGGAUAUGAUCGCGAUUAUGUGUGUACUAAGUUAUUGACCUGCCACUUGCGAAACAUUAUGAUUCUGUGGGUUGCUAUAGCUUUGGUUGACUUCACUUCAGCCGUAACGCCACCUUCGGUGGAAGAGAUAUGCGAGAAUCCAUUAUUCAACAGUACCGUUUCGAAAAAACAAGCAAAUGGUAUCAUCGGAGAGAUGCUGAUCAAAUUUGGCAUUGAACCAAAUUUUGUCUCCAAUACGUUCGCGUGCGCCUACUAUUUUUCGCAUAUCGACCUUUACAUGAAGGCCCGGCAUGAGAUCGAUCCCAUAGAUUUUGGCGAAGUUCGUGAGGCAAACUCCGAAUUCUUCGCUUGCCUCGCAACCCUGACUCAUGGCAGCAACGAGGUGUUCAAUGAAGUCCGUCCUGCAUCGUCAGAUAGGAGCCAGUCUAGACGGAAAACUCGCUUUAGUACUCCGCUUGACCCAACCCUAGUAGCACUCUGCGGCAUGAAGGAAGGCCAGUGGCAUUUCCCAACCAAUCUGUUCUAAGAAACGCUAAGUGGCAAACGAGUGUAGAAAGUAAGCGCAGCCGGUGAGAACAUGUCUUUACAAUCCUUUGAAGGAUUCCAUUGAUUGGCUAGACAUAGCUUUAUCAGGUGAAUCCCUAAAUGAGCAUAUCCGUGCUGGCACGGAAAGCAAAUCAUACUAGAAAACCUUAACCUGUACACCUAUAUAGAUUUAGAAGCAGUCGUGGGCCUUAAUAUGAGCAGUCAACGUUAUUAACAGCCGGCUGUAAGUUUUUUAUUUUGUCUGCUAUUAUUAGUAACGUAUGUAUCAUCUUGUGAGCAUCAGUAUUGGAAAAUCUUUGUACAACAUGAAAAUUUUAAAUUAUGUUUUUUGUUUAGAUGAUAAGUCAAGAAAAUCUCGAUUUGUUGACUAAAUAGAGAAACCGGCUUCUGCAUUGACACCAUACAUUCUCGUAAGCGAGUUAGCCCUAUUUGAGUAACGUCAAGUGUCCGUGAUAGCUUAGUGGAUAACGUAUCUUAGGGUCAUAUUGUGGUCUAGGUACGAAUCCGGAGGUAGACAAACGGGUCGUUUCGUGACGACUGCGAGCCAGCUGGUUAAUGUAAUGGCCAGAUGGAAUGACAAUACCAGAAAUAAAAAUUCGAAACGUAAAGAGUAAGAUUGACUGAGGUUGGCUCUGACUUUUAUCAUUGAAAACGUGCGGAACGCUUUCAAUCAGCUUGGCGUAGACAGGGUAAAGGAUACCCAUGGAAUCAGCAGUCAGUUUCACGCUAUCGUCAUUAGAACUGUCGUACUUUCGGCCCAUUGUUUCUUUUUCUGUGUAUGUGCAUAUUAGUACAAUGAUUCCGAAUCACAGUUGUAUCUAGUCACAGUUACGGUAUUGAGUAGCGUAGUUACUAGUUAAGCAAUAAAUGUAUGGCUAUUUUAGCUUUAUCAUAACACCAUCUUUAAAAGUGCUUUCUUCAGUUUGUAAAGGAUCGCAUCGUGCCUUGGCUGUUGUGGAGUGAUGAUGGAAAGUGUUGAACAGUCAAUGCCUGUCAUUGUUAUAGAUAGAUUGCCCGUUUAAUGCACUUUAAUAAGCACUUCCAAAACCAAGAGUGCUAUCCAUUUCUAUUUCUCCUUUAUUACCAAAUCAUUUCAUGAGAACGUAUUACGUCUAUUUAAUGCGGUGCAUAUAUGUUGUUUCUUGUGUAUCAAAGAAAUAAAGUUUGAAGAGAGAAUGUUUCACUCGA